GUAUAUGCGGCGGUGAUAGUACAGACAAAAGAAAGGGAAGAAUGAACAGAGGGGGAGGAGGAGGAGGAGGCGGAGCAGGAGCCGGAGGUGGGUCCGGGGCCGGGAGUGGGCCCACAUCGGCGGCGGCGUUGGCGGCAGCUAAGAAGCAGAAGAAGUGGCUGGAGAGUGUGGAAACAGACAUCGCCAACAUCGUCGACCAUUUCAGCUACCUCGUCAACGUAUCCAGGGUGAAUGAGCCACCUGUUAGGAACUCUCAAGAAGCUUUCAUGAUGGAGAUGCGUGCUGCUAGAAUGGUUCAGGCAUCUGAUUCUCUACUUAAGUUGGUGUCAGACUUGAAGCAGACUGCACUCUUUUCUGGAUUUGCAUACCUUAAUGACCAUGUAGAGGAAAGAAUGGCAGAGUUUGACAAGCAGGCCGAGAAGACUGACCGCAUGUUAGCUAGAAUUGGAGAGGAGGCAGCUGCCAGCCUCAAGGAGCUUGAAGCCCACUAUUAUUCUUCUUCGGUACCACAUACACAUGAAAACUACUUGCAGCAAUGAGCUGACAUUUAAAGAAGAAGUUAACCGUGUAUGGUGCUUCGUUUCUUGAAUCAUGACACUGCUCAUGUAAACAUAGGCAGAAACAUUGUAUUGCUGCAUACUUGUUUAGUUCUAGUUACCAACUUUUGAACUCUUAGACUUGGGAUAGAUUACUUGCUAAGCUACGCAGCUAAUUGUAAGUUUCUAAAUGCAUAAUUAUGUAAGUAUAUUCUACA